AUGGCGACUCAGACCCCAUCAGAUAUAUUGGAUGGCAUCGCGACUGCGCGUGUCGCGUUUGAUAACAAUGAGCCUGGCUCAAGAGAGGCUUUGAUUGACUAUGGUCGUGCACUCAUCGCCUCUCUGGAAAUUCCCAGCGAGUUUAUCCAGCGCACCUUCUGGGCAGAGCCCGCCCAGUCCGCCAUUAUCCGUAUCGCCUUCGAUGUCCGGUUAUUCCAGCACCUGGAGGAAGCUGGAGCCGAGGGACUGAGUGCUUCAGUUUUGUCCGAGAAGACAGGAAUCGAUGUGACUCUCCUACAACGCUUGAUCAGACAUCUGGUCGCUAUGAACCUUAUCACCUUCCGCGACGGAGCCUUCCGCGGAACAACCCUGAGCAACGGCCUUGCAGCAGAGAACUAUCAGCACAGCGUUCGCUUUUGCUAUGAUACAUCCCGCCCGGCGUUUAAUGGAUUCCCUGAACAUUUCAAGAAGAAUGGAUAUACACCUCCAACUCUGAGUGGAACGGAUGGUCCCUUCCAGUCAGCGCAUCACACAGACCUGCCCUUUUUCGAUUGGCUAGUUGCCACACCUCCUAAUUUGGACGACUUUAGCUCAUUCAUGGCUUCUUAUCGUGCUGGAAAGCCCGAUUGGUUUGACUUCUACCCCGUUCAGGAACGGAUGAUCGAAGGCUUUGAUUCCUCUGUCAAUGAGACUCUGUUGGUUGAUGUGGGAGGUGGUCGAGGCCACGAUGUUGCUACCUUUGCAACACGGUACAAUGCCCACCCUGGAAAGAUCAUUCUACAGGACCGUGAGCCAGUUAUUGCAACAGUUGAUGCUAGUGAUGCCUUCGAAGCGCGGGCCCAUGACUUCUUCACUCCUCAACCCAUCCAAGGAGCUCGUGCAUACUCCCUUCACUCCAUUCUGCAUGACUGGGGUGAUGAUGAGAGCGUGAAGAUUAUUCAGAACCUCGUUCCUGCACUCAAGCCAGAAUACUCGCGGGUUCUAUUCAACGAGAUUGUUCUGAGUGAAGAGAAGCCCACAUUGGCGGCGACAAAUAUGGAUAUGAUGAUGCUGGCUCAUUUGAAUGUCCGCGAAAGAACAGAGGCAGAGUGGACAACCUUGCUUGCCAAGGCUGGGCUGAAGGUAAUCAAGAUUCAUACUUGCCCAGGUGUUGCGGAAAGCUUGAUCGAGGCAGAAUUGGCGUGA